AUGGGUAAAGUCAGGUCAAGGGCCUCAAAAGUUUGCGUGUUUUGUAAAAAUCGCAAGGUCAAGUGCGAUUUGGGGAAUCCGUGUUCCACGUGUGUCAAAUAUAAACGGAGUCCAUGCGUUUACGCGGCGGACACUGCUGACCAUGAAGGAGGCAAUGGCGAAUGGGCCAAGGAGCUGGCCCAUAGCAAGGGCACAAGCAACGGGAAUGGCCACCCGCAAAGUGGUUUAGGCAACUACUCAGCUCAUUCAAGUUCCUCCACCGUCCCCACAGUUCACAGCUCGACGUUUUCCACCAGUUCGUCUUUGAGCUCAAAUGCUUCAAUGCCUGCAUCGUCGACGAGUUUCAAUUUCAACUACAACCCUGAAAAGAGCUUGUUUUCACCGCAAACAAGUUCCGAUUCUGGAAGCGUGGGCGGAGUGCAAGAUGAAUUGUCCUUGCUCAAGCAGAAACUAAACUCAUUGGAGCAACAACUCACAAUGAAGCAACAGCGACUGCAAAACCAUCUCAACUUGUCACCAACCAAUGCCCAGUCCACCACGAUGUUCCAGAAACAAUUUGGCGAACAGGUUUCGCUAAACACGAGUGACCAUGCUGCUUUUGCGGCAAGAAUGUCCACCAUUCCUCAAUCUCCAGUUGACUCGGAGAAUAGACCAAUUGAACUCAAAUCGUUGUUGGGCUUCAACCCAAUCGAUAGCGAAGAAGACCUGAUUGACUUUCACGACAAUCCAACUCGAGAUGCUCAAUCUUUUGGAAGAAAGAACUUUGGCCCUUUGGCAUGGAAGAGUUUAUUGCGAGUCGAUAACGCAAUGGUUCCCGUUUGGACACAUAUGGAUGCCAUCAAGAACAAGUACCGAGGCAAAGGCUUUUUACCACACGCCGAAGAAAAUGCAGCUCAAGUGGAAAAAGAGUUCACCGAGAAAAUUUACAAUGACGAAGCCGAUGGUGAAGUGAGACCAUAUCGAGACACGGCAGUCAAGCCCUUGUCGCAAGAAAAAAAAUUGAACAUUACUCAAGAGAAACUUAAUGAAAAAGCCGUUUGCUUGGGAUUGGCCUUUUAUCAAGGUGGGUUGGAUGCCGAAAUGGAAUUGGUGGAAAAGAUUAGACUCGUGUUGCCAAAGCAAAAAGUGCUUUGGAAAUUGUUCAAGAGAUUCUUUGCUCAAUUGUAUGUGGCUAUGCCCUUUUUGGACGAGAUGGACUUGCAAGACCAAAUCCAAAAGUUGAUUGGCGCCGAAGAUUACCAAGCUGUUAAAGUGACGGUUAAUGUUGAAAAAAAAUUGGAUUUUGCUUAUUUGGGAAUAUUGUUGAUCUUGCUCAGAUUCAGCUACAUUUCAUUGUUUUCUCACGACUCGUCAGUCAAUGAGAUCAAUUUCCAAACCGAUGACCCAUGUCCGCAAGCUCAGUCGGUCAAGUUUUUGUUGAAUCAUCCCAUCAACAUUGAUGUCAUUGAUGUGGCACAAUUGUGCCUAGACCAGUUCAACAUUGCUAGAAGUGCCAGUAUAACCUUGUUGCAAUUGGCGUUGAUGAUGAGAAUCUACCAUCUGUUGGCACCCGAGGAUGGCGACGGUAUCGAUGGCGGCGAUGCGCGUGUUGCCAAUGCCGUCUUGAUUCAAAUGGCCAUUUCGAUUGGCUUGCAUCGAGACCCGGACUAUUUCCACGAGAGCUACAAGGAUGAGCGGCGCGACAAUUUGGGAAGAAAGCUUUGGUUUUUCUUGCUCAUCCAGGACUUGAACUAUGCCUUGGCCAGUGGAUCGCGCAUGACUCUUGGUCCCGAUGACUUUGACACAAAGCCCCCUUUUUAUAAACCGGGUAAUCAGAAUGUGAGGGAUGUCGAGCUAGAAAAAAUUGCCUCUAGUUGUUUUCCCGACUUUGAUGUUGUUUACGGCCUGAUGACAAAGUUGUUUCGUCUUAUUUCAAAAGUCCGAGGAACGGUUAAAUUGAAAGAGUUGACGGAAACACUCAACCCUUUGGAAAUACACUUUAAAGAAAACUAUGGCAGCUAUGCUCAUGACUAUGCGUUGGACCAAAACCCCAAGCAUGCCAUGCCCAAUGCAAUCAAGUUGAAAAUUUACUUCCAGGCCAGCUUUUUCCUAGUGUCGAUUUACCUUCACUUGUUCAACUACUAUGAAAAAAAAAACAACUUGCAGCUUGCAUUCUACUAUAUCAAGAAAAUGUUGGUUGUGGUUAUGGAUGACGUUAUGCACUGCUUUAGUCGGUGUGUCAGUCACAAUCAAAACAUGUUUAAGAACUCGAUUGACUUGAUUGCUACUCCGAGCUUUGAAAUGGUUGCCCACAAGUCCAUGGUUGUUCUUUGCGGAGUCUACUUGAGGCUCAAGUAUUGGACUCAUUCUAUGCAAGAGCUUUAUGAUCACGAUACUAAGAUGAAGUCCCUCGACUCGAUGGACAUUGGGUAUCAAACACAGUAUCAAAAGUUGGUGAAUUUCACCGACUUGUUGAGGAAAUGCUGGGAUACUUAUCGAGAUGGAAUCGCCAAGCUUUCCCACAGAUAUUACUAUGCCUGGGUUGUGACAAAAGCACAGAGCUUUUUAAAAGUGAUGUUGACGGACGAGUAUUUUGAAACGUACAAGCCAUCGAUCAUGUGUCCGCCGUUUACGAUUGAGAUGUUGACCGAGUUGGAGCACAUUGCUCAAAACUCGUUAACGAGGAUACAAAAGAUGAAAAAGGUAAGCAAGGCAGAAAAGACAAGAAAUUUGGCCAAAAGCUGUUGUUCGCUUGAACCAAACAACAACAACAACAACAAUAACAACAGCACCACCGAAGAGCACGUGCUCCAUCACAAGAAUUCUGUUGCAUCUACAAGUAGUUCAGAGGAUUAUAGGCCCAACGAUCAAGUCGACACCAUAUGGUUGCAAAUGAUGAAUAUGAAGAAUCACGAUACUUCAAGCCGGUUUAUUCACGAUUCUGGCAUGAAUCCCGUUGUUGCUCAGACGCCCAGUAUUUUCCAUAGUAUGGAUCCCAAUGCCAACGCCACCACUUCAUUUAGUCCAGCGCCUGCUGCCAUGGCAAGUGCAAGUGGCAGUUUUGGACCAGGAGGCUUUAGUGGCAAUCUCGCGUACCCGUCAGUGUUUGAGUUGAACAGUGGGGAUAUGUUUGAGAAUUUCCCCAUUGAUGAGUUGUUUAAGGAUUUUUCGUGA